GAAAGACGAAUAGAAAGACGUGUGCUCACCACAAAUCGACGACAAGGCUGAAGGGCGAGCAACGCCGUGGCAACAAUCAUCUUUCGUAGUUGGUGUUUGAUUCCCGAGGGCAGACAACCAGGAUCUGAGAUGAAGGCAAGACAUCAUCUUUGGGGAGUUGUCAUCACCAUCCCAUUCAGUCUAAUUUGUGUGUUUCGGUGCAUGUUGACAUCCGCUGGCUUAGCUACCCAAGGAUUGCAAGCCAAGACCAUGACACACGGUUGGUCCAUGUGCGUGCUUCUAAUCUUCAGUGUUUUCAUCGGAUUGGGCCAGGGCACCCCACCUUGGCCAAAUUCCUAUUGGGAUAUACCUGGCGAUUAUUGCAGUGCUCGAUAUCCUAGCGGCCAAUGUUGUAAUGGGCGACAAGAUCCGUGCAGUGUGCCCAUUUUAGGCACUCUUUGCUAUUGCGAUACGUUUUGCAACCGAACGGAGAACUCGGAUUGUUGUCCCGACUACUUCACACAUUGUGAAGGACUCUCGGAUUAUCAAUAUGCCCUGGCUAAACCAGAGGAAGUGAUCAAGCUUGAGGAUUUGGAAUGUCCUCAAGGAUCAGCCCUGACCACAGAUGGAUCCAGUCCCAAAUGUUUUUCGAACGGAAGGCUUGUGUCAACACGGGAUAAAGUGGAGGACAAUUGUAAUAUCUGCAAGUGUCAAGUGUCGCCCUCGAAUAGCAAUUGCAUGGAACUCAUUUGUGAGACCAAACUGUGCGCUUUGGACCAACGCACCAUGGAUGAAUUGGACUAUGGUUUCGCCAGCAACCAAUACAGUUGGAAACCCACCACCAACUACUCGAAUUUCUGGGGUUUGACGCUCGAGGAUGCCAUAAGUAAGCGAUUGGGGACGGUCCGACCUGAGGCUCCUGUAAGUGCGCUUGUGAAUGAUAUGUCGGCCAUUGAGUUUGUUUACCGAUCUGAAGACCUUCCCAAGUCAUUCGAUGCCCGAGAUAAGUGGCGUGGAAAAAUCACUCCAGUUUUAGACCAAGGCGAAUGCGGGGCUUCAUGGGCAUUUUCUACAAUAUCCAUGGCUUCAGACAGAUUUGCCAUUGAAGGACAAACUGAAGAGGCUUUAUCACCUCAGUCGUUGAUUUCCUGUAACACCCAGGGUCAAAAUGGUUGCCGUGGUGGAUCAGUUGAUAGGGCCUGGAAUUUCUUGCGAAGAUAUGGGACUGUCCCGGAGGAAUGCUAUCCUUUCGAUGAUUUUAGAGGGUAUGGAUCGGGCGACGAGGCCAGCUCUUGUCGAAUUCCCAGAGGACACAAGUCUCGACCUCUGCAAGCAUUUGAGAAUUGCAAAGGUUUAGACAAACGUCGAGGCUUAUUUCGAACUCAACCAGCCUACAAAGUGGGGCGGCGAAACACUCGAGAACACCCAAGAAGAACUGAGGAAGACAUUAUGUUUGAGAUCAUGACCCAUGGACCCGUUCAAGCUCUUAUGGAGGUGCCCUCGGAUUUUUUCAUGUACCAGAGUGGAAUCUAUCAAAGGACUAAUCUAGCAUCCCAGUCUCUAACAGGGUUUCAUUCUGUAAAAUUGAUCGGAUGGGGUGAAGAACGAGGCAUUCCGUACUGGAUUUGUAUGAACUCGUGGGGUGAAGAUUGGGGCGAGUCCGGAUUGGUUCGGAUUCGUCGGGGCGUUAAUGAGGUUAACAUUGAAGAUUUUGUGGUUGGCGUGUGGGUUCAAACGGAGAGGCGAGUUCGAGGCCAACAACGUGAGCGUAGACAACGGCGAUUAAGCCGAAUGGCGGCUCGUCGAGCCCGAGCCAGCCGUUUGCGACGGAGACAACACGAUAAGGACGAACAAGUCAUGAACCAUUACCAAGUGGGAUAAUGAUUGCCAUGACGCCCAAAUUGCUAUAGGCCAAGAUCAAGCCACAAUCUCGAAAGCGAUAAUUACUAAAGAGCUUCUAACUGUCCUCCUAUUCCCAUUUUCCUAACUUAGAAACUGCCAGCAAAAACCUUACGUUUAUAAGGGCUGUCUACUCAAAUGUAUUGCAUAUAGUAAUAAUCUGAAUGAAGGCAUUAAACAGUAUUCUCAGCAAGCCUAA